GGAAAAAUGUCAUGUUGGAGAAUAUCCUGAGGAAACAAAGAAAGAUGAAGAGAAUGCUGGUGAUGGUGAGGAGUUUUUGAAAUUGAAUGAAACCUCCAAGCAAGUUGAAAAUGGUGAAAGUCUUGAUCAAUCUGGCAUGGCAAGCAAAGCCACUUUAAAUGUAUCAGAAAGUAAAAUCUCAAAACCCUUAAAGACCAAUGGAAAUUCAAAGGAUGGCAAACCAUCAAAGGACAAAUCUAGUCAGAGACGCAUGGUUCCAGCUUCUUAUGAUCAAAGGCCUAUGAUGUCCCAGAGUCUUUCAUUUCCAGCAAGAGGAGCUCAAGCUGAUGGGUUGAAGAAGAGCAUUGAUGUAUACCCAGGGAAAACUUGUGUUAAGCAUGCCCAAGCAAAAGGCAUGACAAGGCAGUCUGCUUCUCCCAAUGGAUCCCUUAGUUUGUUGUCCCGUUUAAGCAAGGCCAACAAGCAUGCAUCCCUUGCUCUGGAUUCAAAGAUGGCAAACGGAAAUGGUAAUGGAGGUUCUAGCAGGAGGGCUACUUUAGCAUCUUUAUCUAGCUUUCACCUGGCUGUGCCUGCAAAAUCUAGUUCUGCAAAUGCAGGUGCCAAGUCUUAUUCAUCCAAAAUUUCUCGAUCAACAGAGCAAAACUCAGAAUCUGCAAUAACUACAUUACCAAGCAAGGAGGAGGAGGAUGAUGCUCAGUCCACUACCUCAAGUGCCACUCCUUGUGGAAGAAGAAGCAGCGGAUCAGGAUUCACCUUCAGGUUGGACGAACGUGCUGAAAAGAGAAAGGAGUUCUUUUCAAAGCUGGAAGAAAAGAUUCAUGCUAAGGAAAUAGAAAAAACUAACUUGCAGGCAAAAUCAAAGGAGAACCAGGAGGAAGAAAUCAAGCAAUUGAGAAAGACUUUGACAUUUAAAGCUACACCGAUGCCUAGUUUCUACAAAGAACCUCCUCCAAAACUUGAACUCAAGAAGAUUCCAACGACACGUGCAAGAUCUCCAAAGCUUGGAAGGCACAAGAGCUCCACUGCAGCAACAAGCAAUCCAUCAGAAGGAGACUCUUCUUGUCCUAGUCCACAUAUGAACCGAGAACGAAAUAAUUCAACUAAGGGAACCAAUACCAAUAGUAAUAAAGAUGCUUCUGCUUCCAAAAAACUGGCAAAGAAAUCCCAACCUCAACUUCUAUCCAAGGAGAUUACUAAAGCAGAAGAAAAUCCCAAGAAGCCAAAACCAAAGAAGAAAGAGGUUGGAGAAUCCACACAAGAAGCUUCCAUUGGAAAACCUGAAGAAAACCAGAACAAUCCUGUGAACAUUCUCGGGUGUGAGGAUGCAAUAUGUCCAGUGCCAGAGAACGCAAUAUGUCCUGUGCCAGAGAUGAAUCCUGCUCAAAAUGAUGGACCUAUUUCAAGCUUACAGAUCCCUGAGAUUAUGCCCCAUGAAGUUGCGGUUUGAGUUUGAAGAUGUGAUUAUUGGAGCCUUUGUGUUUUGUCUUCCCUUUUUUUUUCAGAAAAUUCCAUGCAGUUGUGAAUAUUGUUGUUGUUAAGUUGAUUAUGACAUUUUUUAUUUUUGGAGGGUUACCAUACAUAAUACUGAAAGUUGCAUAGCAUCUACAGGUUCAUUAAUAUAUAUGCAAGCAUUUG